GCUCCAGUUAUUAGCCGUAAAGUAGUGUUCACACCGCACACCAGGAAUCGCACCGCCGCAGGCCCCGCUCCCUGUGCUCACGAAUCGUGCGCGCUUCUCACACCCUCCGUGCCCUGCCGGGUGGGGGCGGGGCCUGGUCACGUGGUCCCGCGUAUAAGAGGGAGGUCACUGGGCGGCUGUAUGACCGGCAGCAUCUGUACAGCUGGGUCAGAGGAGGCGGUUGCAACAGCGUCGGAACCGCGCAGCAGUUUAAUAGACUAGCGCAGAGAUGGCAGAUCAUGCUUAUGUCACCCUGGCCACAAAUGACUCUUAUGCGAAAGGAGCACUGGUACUGGGCUCAUCUCUUCAGAAAAAUACUUCAAAGAAGCUGGUUGUGCUUAUAACUCCUCAGGUCUCAGAGUCCAUGAGAAGAGUACUUGACAAAGUCUACGAUGUUGUAAGAGUUGUGGAUGUCUUGGACAGUGAGGAUUCUGCUCACCUGGCUUUGAUGGAGAGACCGGAGCUUGGUGUUACAUUAACCAAACUUCAUUGCUGGACAUUGACAGAAUAUACAAAGUGUGUAUUUAUGGAUGCAGAUACAGUGGUGUUACAAAACAUUGAUGACCUGUUUGAGCGAGAAGAGCUGUCUGCUGCCCCAGACCCAGGCUGGCCUGACUGCUUUAAUUCUGGAGUGUUUGUAUACAGGCCUUCUAUUGAAACUCACAACCAGUUGUUACAAUUGGCUACAGAUCAAGGCAGCUUUGAUGGAGGUGACCAAGGUUUACUGAACUCAUUCUUUAGCACCUGGGCAACUAAAGACAUCCACAAGCAUCUACCCUUUAUUUAUAACUUGAGCAGCAUCUCCAUAUACUCUUAUCUUCCAGCAUUCAAAGCGUUUGGUGCCGAUGCAAAGGUGGUGCACUUCCUUGGUAAAGUAAAGCCAUGGAACUAUACAUAUGAUGGUAAAACACGGACUGUGAAAGGAGAUGCUCAUGACCAAAUUCUAACACAUCCGGAGUUCCUCAACCUCUGGUGGGACAUCUACACAUCCAGAAUCCUACCACUUUUAACAGAACAUGGCGUAGUUAAAGAUGUUGCAACUGGCUUGAAAGCGCUGUCGGGCUUGGUCUGCUCACUGGCUUACUCUUGUCGCUUCUGUAAAGAGGAGGAGGUUACAGAAGCUGUGUCACAGAUGUCCAUAGGAGCAGCAGAAGCAGCACCACCACCGCCACCAUCUGUAUCUUCAGAAGAACGCAGGGAAAGGUGGGAACAGGGCCAGGUUGACUACAUGGGUGCAGAUUCAUAUGAGAACAUCAAGAAGAAGCUGGAUGCUUAUCUCCAAUAGUAUUAACUUCCUCAAAACCAACCUAAAGGGACUCGGUUAUCCAGCUGUAUGGCAUCUUGGACUAUGUUCUACCACAAUGUUUACUAAACUGCUAGGAGCUUUACUAAACCUCAGUUGGUGGAUUCUUCCACUCUUGUAAGUGGGAUAUGAAAAUGUAAGCAUCUUUUUGUUACAUGCCCAGUUUGCCAUUUCUCUGGGUUCUUCAAUUGACUAGCUAAAUGGCUUCACUGGUUUUAGGGGAACUGGUUACCAAUCUGCUCAGACCUAACAUGUUAGUAGUACUUAACUGGUUUUGCCUUCCCAUCAAGAACCUUUUUCACAACGUUAGAACAAUUGAUGCUCUUGUUCCCACUGCUUCUUUGUCCUGGGUGGUCAAGGAUGUCUUCUGUUUGCCUUUCCAUACAACACUGUACAAAUUCCCUCUAUGUACAGAUCUGUGAAUGGCCAAACCAGUUCUGUUCAAAAAACUUGAUCACACAGUGCAGACUAGGAGCACUCUGAACCUUGGAAUUCUUCCUUUUCUGUUCCUCAGUGGGCUUAUGUAAUGCUUCUUCCAAACCAACUGUAACAUGGCACUUAAGAAAUAAACUGGUUUUGGUCAGCUUGAA